ACUCUAUUCAGGCUGAUCCAACCCCGCGCGUCCCGAACCUCCGUAUUCAUAUUCUGCGCGUCUGCGCCUCUUCUUUCUCUUUUCAAAAACAUAAUCUCUCAAUUUUAUCAUGGCUUCUCAAGAGAAACAACCCGUCAUCAUCGUCGGCGCUGGCCUGGCUGGCCUCGUCGCAGCUUUUGAACUUUCAGAGCGUAAAGUCCCCGUUCUGUUGGUCGAUCAAGAAAAUGAAAACAACAUUGGCGGACAAGCUUUUUGGUCCCUGGGUGGUCUGUUCAUGGUCGAUUCCUCGUAUCAGCGAAGAAUGGGAAUUAAAGACUCGAAGGAGCUGGCGUACAGAGAUUGGAUGGGCUCAGCGAGGUUUGAUCGUGAACAGGACGACUACUGGCCGCGUAAGUGGGCCAGAGCGUUCGUGGACUUUGCCACCGAUGAGAUGGAGGAUUAUGUCAGGGCGAGAGGCCUCGGCUUUUUGAUGAAUGUUGGAUGGGCUGAAAGAGGUGAUGGUACUGCAGAUGGUCAUGGAAAUUCUGUUCCAAGGUUCCAUGUUAGCUGGGGUACAGGACCAGAGGUUGUCAAGGUCUUUGCAGACCCUGUCAAGAAAGCUGCAGAAAAGGGCAUCGUCACCUUCAAGUUCAGACACAGGGUUGAUGAACUGAUCAUCGACGACAACGGACGUGCUGUCGGAGUGCGAGGCACGAUUCUGGAAGACGAUGAUGCUGCCCGUGGCGUCAAGUCGAACCGAGUCGAAAAGGACAAGUUUGAAAUUUACGGCUCAGCAGUUGUCGUUUCUUCAGGCGGUAUUGGCGGAAAUGUCGAUGCUGUCAAGGCUGCAUGGCCCGUUGACAGAUUAGGUCCUAAAGUCCCAGAGAGCUUUGUCAUUGGUGUUCCUCACCAUGUUGAUGGACGCAUGAUCGCUAUAUCCGAAGAUGCCGGCGCGAAUGUUAUCAACCGCGACCGAAUGUGGCAUUAUACCGAGGGUCUUCAGAACUGGAACCCCAUCUGGCCAGAUCACGGUAUUCGAGUCCUGCCUGCCCCUUCAUCUCUCUGGCUCGAUGCAACUGGCAAGCGACUGCCACCAUUCCUCUACCCAGGUUCUGAUACCCUUGCGACGUUGAAGUAUAUCUGCAGCACAGGGUAUGACUACACAUGGUUCAUCCUCGACCAGAGCAUCAUCGCUCGAGAAUUCGCCCUCUCUGGCUCAGAGCAGAAUCCCGAUAUCACGAAUAAGAGCAUCUGGUUGCUCCUCACUCGAAUCUUCGGCAAGAAAGGCACUGUCCCAGUUCAGAACUUUCAAAAGCACGGCAAGGACUUCGUCGUCCGUGAUAACCUGGAAGAUUUAGUAGUUGGUAUGAACGAACUCGCCAAGAAGCGCAACGGUCCUCUACUGGAAUUCGAUGCUAUCAAAGAGGUCGUCGAAACAAGAGACAGCCAGUUCGACAACCCAUACUCGAAGGACGCGCAAGCAAUGCUUAUCAACAAUGCGCGAACAUACUGGCCUGAUCGUCGAAGCAGAGUUGCCCCGCCUCAUAGACUGCUCGAUAAGGCCCAUGGCCCGUUGAUCGCUGUGCAGAUGAAUAUUCUUACGCGCAAGACAUUGGGCGGUAUUGAGACGAAUCUGGAUAGCAAUGUCAUGCGAGCAGAUGGUACACCUUUCCCAGGAUUAUACGCAGCUGGUGAAGUUGCGGGCUUUGGCGGUGGAGGCGUUCAUGGGUAUAAUUCUCUUGAGGGAACGUUUGUUGGAGGAUGUAUCUUCUCGGGACGGGCGGCUGGAAGGGCUCUUGUUCGCGAGAUGCUGGGUGAGAAUGAUUCCGAUGGGGGAGAGCUGAAGAAGGUGAACUCUCGACUCUGAGCUCGUGAUCGGAAGGUUUUUCUUGGUUUGACUUGAUUUUUAGCGCAUGUUGCUAGUAGAGAUACGUUUGACGUUGAUAUAAGAUCUGAUAUGAGUAAGACGAUAUGACAAUCCUUUAUGUUGCCAAA